CCUUAGUCUAAGUGGUGCCUGUUUCCUCAAAAUCUCCCGGAGGAGUGGAGAACGGGUGCCACUUGUUGGUCAGAGAGUUGUCGCAUCUGAACCAAGAGGACCUGGGAUAGAACCAAGAUGGGAAAAUCCUGACCUCCCAGACUAGCAACAGAGAAGCCCACCCUCUGUCUCCAGCCCCUCCACUAGUUCCCACAUGCUGCGAUUUACUAGUAAAUGCCUCAGCUCCGUGAAAGAGCCCAUGGACUCGAGAGCUGCGAUGACUGAAAGCAGCAGCCCAAAGGGCUCCCUGGCCUGCUCCCGAAGCGGGGCAGCGUGGAGGGGCUUUGAGGCAGCUCCUCCCUGGUGAUGAAUUAGUUGACAGGUCGAGAGAAGGGACCGCUAUUCCCGUGAGGUCCUCAUGACCCAGGGGUGGCCCCUCUUUCUCUGCCUGUUACCACCUCAGCUCCCAUCCAGACGACAAGCACCCUUUACGAGCGGGGCUUUGAGAAAAUCAUGAGGAAGCAGAAUAAGGAGCAGGUUCCACCCCCCGCUGUGGAGCCUAAGAAGCCUGCGAACAAAAAGCAGACCAAGAAGGCUGCGGCCCUCACCCACCAGAACCCCAAGCAGGGCCGCUUCCGCAGCCUGGAGGAGGCACUGAGAGCUCUGGACGUGGCAGCUCUACAGAAGGAACUGGAUAAGAGCCAGAGUGUGUUCUCUGGGAACCCAUCCGUGUGGUUGAAGGACCUGGCCAGCUAUCUCAACUACAAGCUCCAAGCACCUCUAAGUGAACCCACACUAAGCCAGCAUACUCACGAUUAUCCCUAUAGCCUGGUGAGCCGUGAACUGCGUGGGAUCAUCCGAGGGCUACUGGCAAAGGCAGCAGGGUCUCUGGAGCUCUUUUUUGACCACUGUCUGUUCACCAUGCUGCAAGAGUUGGAUAAGACGCCAGGGGAAUCGCUACAUGGUUACCGUAUCUGUAUCCAGGCCAUUCUGCAAGACAAGCCCAAGGUUGCCACCAUGAACCUGGGCAAGUUCCUGGAACUGCUGAGGUCCCACCAGAAUCGACCGGCAAAGUGUCUGACCAUCAUGUGGGCCCUGGGUCAAGCAGGUUUUGCCAACCUCACCGAGGGACUAAAAGUGUGGCUGGGGAUCAUGCUGCCUGUGCUGGGCAUCAAGUCCCUGUCCCCCUUCGCCAUUGCAUACCUGGAUCGGCUGCUCCUGAUGCACCCCAAUCUUACCAAGGGCUUUGGCAUGAUUGGCCCCAAGGACUUAUUCCCACUUCUGGACUUUGCCUAUAUGCCAAACAACUCUCUGACACCCAGCCUUCAGGAGCAGUUGUGUCAGCUCUACCCCCGAUUGAAGGUGCUGGCAUUUGGGGCAAAGCCGGAAUCCACCCUGCAUAUCUACUUCCCCUCCUUCCUGUCCAGAGCCACCCCCAACUGCCCUCCUGAGAUGAAGAAAGAGCUCCUGAGCAGCCUGACUGAAUGCCUGACAGUGGACCCCCUCAGUGCCAGUGUUUGGAGGCAGCUGUACCCCAAGCACCUGUCACAAUCCAGCCUGCUGCUGGAGCAUUUGCUCAGGUCCUGGGAGCAGAUUCCCAAGAAGGCACAGAAGUCUUUGCAAGAAACCAUUCAGUCCUUCAAGCUUACCAACCAGGAGCUGCUAAGGAAAGACAGUUGUAAUAACCAGGAUGUUGUCACCUGUGACUCGGCCUGCAAGAGUCUGUUGCAGCAGGCUCGGGGCCUCCGGCCGCCCUGGACACGACUACUCCUGUUGGUGCUGAUUUUCGCCUUAGGUUUCGUAUACCAUGACUUCCGGUCACACAGCUCUUUCCAAGCCUCCCUCUCUGGCCGAUUGCUUCAGUCAUCUGGUUUCUUGCCUGCUGGCCAAAAAAUGUGUUUCAAGAUCUACUCCUACAGCCUGCAAGGCUACAGCUGGCUAGAGGAGACAUUGCCUGCCUGGGGCUCUCACCUGCUGACUGUGGUAAGGCCCAGCUUGCAGCUCGCCUGGACCCAUAUCAAUGCCACAGUCAGCUUCCUUUCUGCCCACUGUGCCUCCCACCUUGCCUGUUUUGGUGACAGCCUCACCAGUCUCUCUCAACGGCUCCAGCUCCCUGAUAUCUUGAACCAGCUGUUCCAUUCUCUGAGGGAGCUGCUCGUGCUUCUUUACCACAGCGUGCUGUUACCAGUGUGGCACAUGCUGCUUGAGGCCCUGGCCCAGGCCCAGCAGCACUGCGAAAAGGCAUGCAGAGGUCCGGUGACUUGGGACUGCAUGAAGACACAGCUUAGUGAGGCUGCCCGCUGGACUUGGCUCUGCCUACAGGACAUCACAGUGGCUUUUUUGGACUGGGCACUUGCCAUGAUAUCCCAGCAAUAGGCCCUGCCUCCUUGGCUUGGAGACGGGUCAUCUGAGACUGCUGGGGGGCAGUUCUGUGUGGGAUCUUUUUUACUUGGUGCCUGAGCUCUGUCUUCUAGGCAAGUGGUCAGUUGCCUCUGCCCCAGUUUUUCCGUCCUUGGUGGUGACUGAGCCCAGGGGUAUCUUAGCCUCCUAUCCACAAUUCCACUGAACAUUUCUCUGGCCCUGUUGCACAUAGCUCCGAGCCUCUGUCCUUGGACUGGUAGCCUCUCUAGCCUCCUCUUGUCUCCUGCCUUCCAUUUCAUUCCUGAAGCCCCAAACAGCUCAUCCCCAAAGCUGAGACUCCAGUGAGUGGCUUCUGCACUCUUCUGAUGAAUGAUUUCUGCUCCCACACUUUAUCCACAGCAGGAAAAGGAAAAGGGACUUCCAGAAGGAUAUAGCACAACAGUGGGGAACAGCAGCUCCACCUCUACCCACAGCCUGGACAUGGAGGGCGGGUGGAAAAGCUUCUCACCUCAAAAUGCCCAGCGUAGAUCCUUCAAGGCCCCUCACAGCCCCCCAUCCUGAUCCUUCUUUCUCACCAUUCCCCUCUCCCCAGCUUUAGUUUCUCACUGCUGUCCACCCUUACAAUCUCUCUGGAGAGAGAUCUCCCAGUUAGCUGUGUGCCUUGGGCCCAGGGAACCUUCCAGCAGCCUGUUGAGACAGGAUUCAGCAUAUGGCUCCUGGAUAUGCCUACUAGGCAGAAUAAAGGACACUUGAUUUUUUCUUUCCUCUUUGCAUCCUCACAUAGGAAUUCCCAUAGUUGUGGACAGAACAAAAUAUGGGCACAUGCAUAUUCCCCUUUGGCCCCCUGCCCUCCUAGGGGUUGUAGCCACUGGCAGUAAUUGAGCUUCUGGCAAGGAAAGCCCACACCUAUCAUCCUAAAUUUUGGCCUAUUGAGGGUUCUAGACACACUUCUCUUGUUCCACUAGUGGUAUUGUCUCACUCGUCACUGUGAUUCAUGUCCCAGUUGGGAUUUGCCUUGACGACUUAAGUAUUUUAUGCUCGGAAAAGCAGGGAAGAGUUUCCUAGUGGAAUUCUUGGCCAGCAAGCAGGGUGUGUUUCAGGAUCUUAAUUUACUAAUUUGUUUUAUAAGGCAGCAAGUCAAAGAUUCAGAACUCCAAGAGACACAGGAUCAAGGGUUUAUCACCAAAGUCCCUUUUAAUUUUUUUUUCCUCUUAUGUCUUCUCUCCUCUUUUUUAUUUUAAUUUUUGUUUAAAAUAUUACAGAU